UAAAGCGUUUCAUUGAACAGACUCGUCGUGGUUUCUUUAGCCAAUUGGGUCUCUCACCCCAGAACUGAGGCUUAAUUUUACCCAGCCUCUUUGGCAUUUUGAUUGAUGUUCUCGUGGCUUCAUCCGGCAGGCUAUAGCUAUAAGGGUAAAGGGAGGCAGUAAAAAAAUACAAUCGUCAGUAGUUCAGUCCGUUUCACAUAUGCAGUCAAUGCUAUUAGAUAACGACAAGUCUGGACUAAACUGCGUUUUAGUUGCUGUAUGAUAACUGGGGUGACGUGGAGGAUCCUGUAGGCUCGCAGGAGCGCGCGCGCUUCUCCACACCAUGGAUCAUAUGGGAGCGCAUCUCCACCAGACGCACGCAGACACCAUCAGUUUUGGGAUCGAUCAGAUUCUUCACAAUGCAGACCAGGGAAGCUGCAUGAUCUCCAACCCCAGAAUGCAGGAUCUGGACUACGGUUUGGGCUGCAUAGUCAGCACAGCCUAUAAUACCAUGACUGGCAACUACAAUGUCAAUAACUCGGCUGGAUACAAUGGAAACUCGUGCAGCGUUGGCUCCCUCAACAGCUCGUACAACAUGAACUUGGGCACGAAUGUUAAUGGGAAUUGCCUUAAUUCUUCGGGAGUGAUCCGGGUUCCAGCGCACCGGCCGCUGAGCAGCGUUCACUCGUCCAUUCCCACCAGCACUGCCACGGUGCCAAGUAUGGGAAGCAUGGGCACCAUUAACAGUCUCACGGGAUUAACGUUUCCAUGGAUGGAGAGUAACAGGAGAUAUACCAAAGACAGAUUUACAGGUCACCCGUACCAGAACAGAACGCCUCCGAAGAAGAAGAAGCCCCGGACGUCGUUCACGCGCCUCCAGAUCUGCGAGCUGGAGAAACGCUUCCACCGUCAGAAGUAUCUGGCGUCAGCUGAGAGGGCAGCCUUAGCGAAAGCACUUAAAAUGACUGAUGCGCAGGUCAAAACAUGGUUCCAGAACAGAAGAACGAAAUGGAGGAGGCAGACUGCAGAGGAGAGAGAAGCCGAACGACAACAAGCGAACCGAAUCCUUAUGCAACUUCAGCAAGAAGCUUUUCAAAAGACUAUAAACCAUCCUGUCAAUGCGGACCCAAUCUGCCUCCACAACAGCUCCCUAUUCGCACUUCAGAACCUUCAGCCCUGGACCGAGAACACGGCGAAAAUCAGUAGCGUUCCCAACACUGAUUAAGAGACUUUUAUGGAUGUGCGAUGUGCAGAGGAAUAUCUCAACAUCACAUUACUUACUUCUUUAUAACGUAAAACCAGUCUUCAUUUGUAAUAUGCAGCUUGUAAAAACAGCUAAUCGAAAAUUUGCUGCUCUCCGUUAGCCUACAGUUGUGCAGAAUAUUUUUUUUAUUGAUUUUAUCACUUCGAUUUAAUCAAAAUGUAAACUUAAAAGACUAUCGUAUUGCUCUUGUAUCUCAAACAUGAAUUUUAUUUGGUAUACUUGCAAUAGCCUAACGUUUGUGGCAACAAUUUAUACUAAAUUUCAUUAAUAAGUCAAAAAAUAUCACAAAUAAAAACGAAUUGGCAAACACUGGCAAAAUUGUAGUUAGGCUAUUUAUGUGGGUACUUGGAAAACAAAGGAGAUUAAAUUUAAAUAUCUAAUUUGAAAGUAAAAAGUAUUUUAACAGUUUUAAAAAGGCGAUUCUGGGUAAAAAGCUAAAACCUGUAACAUAGGCGAAUGAAUUGAUAUGCCUGCUGUUGCCUAUCACGCUAAUCAGAGCUUUAUUCCAACUAAUUUGCUCUUUUAACUGCAUCCAACUAAUACGCUGAUGAGCAUUACAUAUUGUUAGCCUAUAUAUUAACAAAUUUUUUUUUAUAAAGUGUUACCAAUUUAUUUUUCGAUAGGCCUAUCUUUUAUUUUUCAUAUUGGUAGGAUUGUAUUUGCACGUUUGUAAUGCAGCAAAAAUAGUCCUGUGAUUUAAAAUAUUAUAUGCUAAUACAGGGAAAAUGGGCCUAUGGCUAGGCCUAUGAGCGACUUCAUUUUGGCUACUUUAUUUCUUAAUGAUUGUUAUAAGACUGUCAUUUUUGUUUGGAGGCGUAAUUUAAAUGACAACUUGUUAUUUGCAGAAAUAGGUUUUUGUGAUGCAGAAAAAUAAGUAGGCUAUUAGUUCAGUUCUUGUUGCUCAGUGGUAGAGCAUUGCAUUAGCAGCGCAAAAAGGUCAUGGGUUCAA